CCGCGCUCCGUGCACUUGGGCGAGAGCAGGAACGUGGAACGGACCUCCGAUCCCAGCGCAGCCACCGCGAUGAGAGGCGCUCGCGGCGCCUGGGAUUUUCUCUGCGUCCUGCUCCUCCUGCUCCGCGUCCAGACAGGCUCUUCUCAACCAUCUGCGAGUCCGGAAUGGUCUCUACCGUCCAUCCAUCCAGCAACGUCAGAGUUAAUAGUCAGUGCUGGCGACGAGAUUAGGCUGUUGUGCACCGAUCCAGGGUUUGUCAAAUGGACUUUUGAGACCCUGGGCCAGUCGAGUGAGAUCACACACAAUGAAUGGAUCACGGAGAAAGCAGAGGCCACCAACACGGGCAAUUACACGUGCACCAACGGAGGCGGCUUAAGCAGUUCCAUUUACGUGUUUGUUAGAGAUCCCGCAAAGCUUUUCCUCGUUGACCUUCCCUUGUAUGGGAAAGAAGACCAUGAUACGCUGGUCCGCUGUCCUCUGACAGACCCAGAGGUGACCAAUUACUCCCUCCGGGGGUGCGAGGGGAAGCCUCUUCCCAAGGACUUGACUUUCGUCACCGAUCCCAAGGCUGGCAUCACAAUCAGGAAUGUGAAGCGCGAGUACCAUCGGCUGUGCCUGCAUUGCUCUGCGGACCGGAAGGGCAAGUCCGUGCUGUCGAAGAAAUUCACCCUGAAAGUGAGGGCAGCCAUCAGAGCUGUCCCAGUUGUGUCUGUGUCCAAAGCAAGCCAUCUUCUUAGGGAAGGGGAAGAAUUCUCCGUGAUGUGCUUGAUAAAAGAUGUGUCUAGUUCCGUGGACUCGAUGUGGAUCAAGGAAAACAGCCCGCAAACUAAUGCACAGCCACAGAGUAAUAGCUGGCACCAAGGUGACUUCAACUUUGUACGUCAGGAAAGGUUGACGAUCAGCUCAGCAAGAGUUAACGAUUCUGGAGUGUUCAUGUGUUAUGCCAAUAAUACUUUUGGAUCGGCAAAUGUCACAACAACCUUGGAAGUCGUAGCUAAAGGAUUCAUUAAUAUCUUCCCUAUGAUGAAUACCACAAUAUUCGUGAAUGAUGGCGAGAAUGUGGAUCUGAUUGUCGAAUAUGAGGCAUAUCCCAAGCCUGAGCACCAACGGUGGGUCUAUAUGAACAGAACCCUCACUGAUAAAUGGGAAGAUUAUCCCAAGUCUGACAACGAAAGUAAUAUCAGAUAUGUGAGUGAACUUCAUCUAACCAGAUUAAAAGGGAACGAAGGAGGCACUUACACGUUUCAAGUGUCCAAUUCCGAUGUCAAUUCUUCCGUGACAUUGAAUGUUUACGUGAACACAAAACCAGAAAUCCUGACUCAUGAAAGUCUCGUGAGUGGCAUACUACAGUGUUUGGUAGCCGGAUUCCCGGAGCCCACAGUAGAUUGGUAUUUUUGUCCAGGAGCUGAGCAGAGAUGUCCUGUUCCUGUUGGGCCACUGGAUGUGCAGAUGCAAAACUCAUCUGUAUCGCCGUCUGGAAAACUAGUGGUUCAAAGUUCCAUCGAUUACAGUGCUUUCAAACACAAUGGCACAGUCGAGUGUAGGGCUUCCAACAAUGUGGGCAAGACUUCUGCCUUUUUUAACUUUGCAUUUAAAGGUAACAGCAAAGAACAAAUGCAUCCUCACACCCUGUUCACACCUUUGCUGAUUGGUUUUGUGAUCGCAGCUGGUAUGAUGUGUAUCAUCGUGAUGAUACUUACCUACAAAUAUUUACAGAAACCCAUGUAUGAAGUGCAGUGGAAGGUUGUCGAGGAGAUAAAUGGAAACAAUUAUGUUUACAUAGACCCAACACAGCUUCCUUACGAUCACAAAUGGGAGUUUCCCAGAAACAGGCUGAGUUUUGGGAAAACCUUGGGUGCCGGUGCCUUCGGGAAGGUGGUUGAGGCCACUGCAUAUGGCCUGAUUAAGUCGGAUGCAGCCAUGACCGUUGCUGUUAAGAUGCUCAAACCAAGUGCCCAUUUAACCGAACGAGAAGCCCUCAUGUCCGAGCUCAAAGUCUUGAGUUACCUCGGCAAUCACAUGAAUAUUGUGAAUCUUCUCGGAGCAUGCACCGUUGGAGGGCCCACCCUGGUCAUUACUGAGUAUUGUUGCUAUGGUGAUCUUUUGAAUUUUUUGAGAAGAAAACGUGAUUCAUUUAUUUGCUCAAAGCAGGAAGAUCAUGCAGAAGUGGCACUUUAUAAGAACCUUCUGCAGUCAAAGGAGUCUUCCUGCAACGAUAGUACUAAUGAAUACAUGGACAUGAAACCCGGAGUUUCUUAUGUUGUGCCAACCAAGGCAGACAAAAGGAGAUCUGCCAGGAUAGGCUCAUACAUAGAAAGAGAUGUGACUCCCGCCAUCAUGGAGGACGAUGAGUUGGCUCUAGACCUGGAGGACUUGCUGAGCUUCUCGUACCAGGUGGCCAAGGGCAUGGCAUUCCUCGCCUCGAAGAAUUGUAUUCACAGAGACUUGGCUGCUAGAAAUAUCCUCCUUACUCAUGGUCGAAUCACAAAGAUUUGUGAUUUUGGUCUAGCCAGAGACAUCAAGAAUGAUUCUAAUUAUGUGGUCAAAGGAAACGCUCGGCUACCUGUGAAGUGGAUGGCACCUGAAAGCAUUUUCAACUGUGUGUACACAUUUGAAAGUGAUGUCUGGUCCUAUGGGAUUUUUCUGUGGGAGCUGUUCUCUUUAGGAAGCAGCCCCUACCCUGGAAUGCCAGUCGACUCUAAGUUCUACAAGAUGAUCAAGGAAGGGUUCCGAAUGCUCAGCCCUGAGCACGCACCUGCUGAAAUGUAUGACAUAAUGAAGACUUGCUGGGAUGCUGAUCCCCUGAAAAGGCCAACAUUCAAGCAGAUCGUGCAGCUAAUCGAGAAGCAGAUUUCAGAUAGCACCAAUCAUAUUUAUUCCAACUUAGCAAACUGCAGCCCGAACCGGGAGCGCCCCACAGCAGUGGACCAUUGUGUGCGGAUCAAUUCUGUGGGCAGCAGCACAUCUUCUACCCAACCUCUGCUGGUCCACGAGGAUGCCUGAAGCAGGAGGAGCGCCGGGGUCUCCCCAGCGAGAACGAUCCCUCUUCUUUUGGUUCCUAUCCUGGUUAUUUCGUUCCCCCUUCAACUCGCAUCCUGUUCCAGGGUAGAGGACACCCCGCUGUAAUCCCGUCUUUGCAAGCACACUUUAGUGGCCAAUGAUCUUUGUCAUCAGCCACCACGCUAUUGUAAGGGUUCGAACUGCACAUAUCCCCGAUAACGAGGCAGCCCCCAUUAACGAAAACAAAACAAAACAAAAACAAAAUGCAGACUUGGAGCAAGGGAGGGUGGGAUGGGCCACACACCCUGGGGCCUUUCCAAGGCUUCUCCACUUUCUGUUUGAAGAGCAGAGUUGAUAGUUUAUUUGAAUAAAUGGCAGUAGUCGCCUUUGGGCCUCAGAACCAUCCAUAAUGAUACGAUGACGCAGCAAGAUUAGAAGCUGAAACCUGAUCUCUUGAUGUGGAAAAUGGAAUGUUAUUAGAACAAAGGGCAGAAGUCUAUGAAUAUCUGGGCUUAAGAAAUCUAGGAUUUCGUGCUGAGGAAUGAGACAUAGGCCAUGGAAAAAUGCUCCCCGAGCAGGAACAUAAGACUCGCUGCUGGGCAUGAGCCUUUGUACUACUGACCUGGUCUGUAAAUAGAGUUCGCUGUUAGGGCACUGAAUCGGAGAGAAGGCCUCCCCAGCCAGCAUUUGUAUAUACUCAUCUAUAAAUUGUACAUGUUCAUAUAUUGAGGAGAGAAAACCCACAAGAUGUAGUUUCUGGAUAUGACCCUGGCUCAAGUCUGCUGUGUGUAGAAAUAGAUUAAGGGCCAGACAAAUUUGAAGGAAACAGUGCUUUUUUUUUUUUUUUUAAGAAAAAAAAACCAUAAUUGCCAAGCACAAUCUUAACAGAGAUCUCCUUUUGUAGCCUAUGAACUUGCUCUGCAGAUGCUCCAGAACAAGCCUACCAGCUUCAGAAUGGCAUUGUGCUCAAU